AUGGCAUCAGUGACAAUACCAGGCCAGGUGCUUGGCCCAACAAGUGCCAGCGACACAGGUGAAGGCACGCAUAUCAACAACUCCCAGCUCUGCGCCAGCAUUGCCGGUCAAAUUCUCUCAAAAGCCUCGACAUCGAAAUCAUCAAAAUUGCCGACAGUCUCCGUCACAAGGUCCACUGGAAUCCUCCUCCCAGAGGUCGGCACUGUUAUACUUGGCAGGGUCACGCGCACAGGCCCCAAGCAAGCCAACAUCUCCAUCCUCGCGAUCGGCUCAGGAGGCGAGCAUGUCUGUCGCGAUCCUUUCCCGGCAUUGAUCAGGCAACAAGACAUUCGUGCUACAGAGAUUGACAAGGUCAAAGUCACGGAAAGCUUCAGGGUCGGCGAUGUCGUGAGAGCCGCGGUCAUCAGUCUGGGCGAUGAGAGGAGCUAUUACCUUAGCACUGCCAAGAACGAACUGGGCGUUGUGCUUGCUACCAGUGAGUGGGGCAACCAGAUGUUCCCGAUCUCGUGGAAGGAGUUUCAGGAUCCGGAGACUGGGUUGAAGGAGAUGAGGAAGGUAGCGAAGCCAGUGUGA